UGGUGAGAGAGAGAACGCCCUCUAGGGCAGUGGUGUUUUGUUUUGACACAAUCGCGCAGCUCCUAUCGUCACGUGGUUUCUUUUCUCGGCCACCCACGUUUCGGUUCCGUGGGUAAACAAUACCCACAGUUUUUUUUAAUCGAAUACUCGCCGUUUUUCGCCCCCGGUUGGAAGGGGAUCGGGGAAGGAUCGGAAAAGACCGGCAGACGGGAUGUCCGUGUCGCGCUCACAGGAAAGCGAUGCCUGGGCACUUCUCGCCCUCAAAUCCGCACCAGCCAGCCCGACGAAAAUCCAAUGGAGUCCCGACACCAAAGACACCGCGAUCGCGAGGCUGGAAGGGCGCGAGUUCGAGUACUUCGUGAGACAGAAGAGGAUCAUCAUCGGGAGGAACAGCUCACGAGGCGAUGUCGACGUUAAUAUGGGACAUUCGAGUUUUAUCUCGCGUAAACACUUGGAAUUGGUUUUCGAACAUCCGCAUUUUUUUAUGGUGUGCAACGGGAAAAACGGCGUUUUCGUCGACGGUGUCUUCCAAAGGAAAGGGGCACCCUCAUUUCAGUUACCUAAAACGUGUACCUUACGAUUUCCAAGCACAACCAUUAGGUUAACAUUUCAAUCCUUGGUCGAUGAGGGAGUACCGCCAAUGAUUGUUAAGCAGAGGGCACCACUACCACCAUUGAGAAUCAACAUUCCAGAUCCAGAUACAAAUUUUACUAGUCCUUUUCCUUCUCCGACUGGUACGAUAAGCGCAGCAAAUUCAUGUCCUGCAAGCCCAAGGGGAGGUAGUCAAAGUUCUAGGCACAAUGUUAGUGCUGAUCUGCAAAUGGCAGCCGCCUAUGCUGCUGUUGUAGCAGGGCCAAAUUCCAUUGUCAAUACUGUCACUGUUUCUACAUCACACGAUGACAGGAAUGACAUUUUGGAAGGAGCAGAAGGAAGCAAUUCGCAUAAUAAAAUUUAUAGAUCAAGUAAUGGAUGCCAACAAUCUGAUAGCUACAGUCCACCAAAGGAUGACUCAAAGCCUCCAUAUUCCUACGCACAACUUAUAGUUCAAGCUAUUGCUUCUGCACCAGAUAAACAACUAACACUUAGUGGAAUAUAUUCAUAUAUAACUAAAAAUUACCCAUAUUAUAGAACUGCUGACAAAGGAUGGCAGAAUUCAAUUCGACAUAACCUUUCUCUUAAUCGUUAUUUUAUCAAAGUUCCACGGUCGCAAGAAGAACCGGGUAAAGGUUCUUUUUGGAGAAUAGAUCCUGCAUCUGAGAGCAAACUUAUAGAACAAGCUUUUAGGAGAAGAAGGCAGCGGGGUGUGCCUUGUUUUAGAGUCCCAUUUGGGCUUUCAUCUAGGAGUGCUCCAGCAUCUCCAAGUCAUGUCGGUAUGAGUGGUCUUAUGACACCUGAAAGCUUAUCCCGAGAAGGAUCGCCCACACUAGAAACUUCAGCUGGAUCUCCUGGUCUAAAUAGUCAAUCGGCACCCGGAUCACCUAGACAGAGACAAGAAGGGUCUAUGGUCAAUAAUAAUAGUGGUGGUGGUGGUGGUGGAGUAGGAGGUGGAGGUAAUAAUAUUCAACAUAUCUCUGGGAAACCUCGGCUGUUACUACCUACCCCUCAUAUUACAGUAGUUAACAGUCAUGAUAGGCAAGAGAAAUACAUAGUUAGCAAUCAAAACCCAGGAGCAACCACGAUAGCGGCAAACAAUUUGAUUAGUUUAUCAGAAGACCAAUCUAAUGUUAUUCCAGCUUACUCUCAAGCCCCAGUCAUAGUCCAAGCAACUUAUUCUAAUUAUUCAAACUCAUAUAUAAGUGAAAAUAAUGAAAAUAAUGGUUCAAUGAAGCGACCAGCAGAUGAACAUGAUAUCGACCAGGAAGAUUCUAAAAAACUUCGGAGGGAUGACGAAAGUCUUGAAGCACCUUAAAUUAAUGGAUUUACUAAUUUUAAAAUAAAUUGAAGCGGCUGAAGGUAAUGGAUCAUCACCAAAAUUUUGUUUCUUACCUUCUAUUGGAUAAACCAAGAUAUAUUAAAUUAGGGGGAAAUAGAACACAAUUUCCUUGUUAAAAUGGUCUUCAUUCAGAUGAAUAUUUUAAAAAGCAACUUGAAAAGUCAAGACAAGGCUAUUUUAAGUGUUACCAUUAUUAUGACUUUUUAUGUAUAGUUUAUUAUUUUUUUAUGAGUAAAAAAAUCAGAUUUUAAAUAAAGUAAUAUCAAGAAAUUA